AUGGCCCGCGGCGGCAUCAAUUUCUCGCUCCCUAAAACGCUCGAAGCCGCCCGCAAGUCCUUUGGAAGGCGGUCCAGAGUCCGGAGCGAAGCACGCAGCGGAAGCGCUACACACCAAUCGGCAGACGCGCUGCUGCAGACGCAGUAUGGGCUCACCGAGGAUGCCUACAGGGAGUACGGCGUGAGGGAGGGGAUGUUGGCAGCCCACCUGGCCAACAAGGACUCCUUCGUGCUGGACGAAAGCUCGAUCUACACCGAGCUGCAUAAGUGCAAUGCGUACAACAUCGCCUCAAUAUUCCAAACUAAACCCGAGACCCUCUUUUCUACGUUGCCUGAGGGGGCUUGCGGGGACGUCCUCAAGGACAUAGCUCUGCUGCCGGAAGGGCAGGCCCUCGGCAUCGUAAACAGGAAGGUCACCGUGGAAAUAAUAUCGCAACUGAGGCAGUAUGCAACGUCCAAGAAGGGUAGGAUUGCUUCCAGGGGCAUGCUGCUGGACGGAAAAAGGGGAACGGGAAAGAGCUAUGUGCUCAACCACGUCGCCAUGUGGGCAAGACAGAACGGUUGGAUGGUCAUUAUGGAACCUUCUCCGUCGAAAUACUCCAGAGAAAUCGGGAGUAUCAAGCGUUCCAAUGCAGGGGUGUAUAUUCAGAGCGAAUUCGCCGUUAAAUUCUUGGAAACGCUGAUGCUUGGCAAUGCGGAGAAGUUAGAAAUGAUCGACGUGAAACUGCAGCAUUAUGGCAAAAUCGCUUUGGACGGUAACAACGUCGAGUACACCAAGCGCAUGUUCAACCCGGUGAUCCAAAAGGCCGUUGAGGAGGAACUAGAAAUAUACAUGGAGGAAGAGGGCGGCAGCGCCUUGGAAAUAGAGAAGGAAAGGCUGAAACUCUGGCACUCGUACAGGCAGCAGUUCAAAAUACCGGUGCUCAAAGACGUACUCCACGCGCCGAAAACGCUGGCGCAAAUCGCAAAGUUUGGCAUCGAAAACGAGACAUACGCAAACCAAGCUGUGUACGAGGUGUUUGACCAGUUGAAGCACCAGACGGUAUUCCCGUUGCUGAUCAUCGUGGACGAAUACAACGAAUGCUUCCCCGUAUCCGAGUAUCUGUCGAUCAAGUACGAGAACACCAAGUUCAACGGCUGGAUACCUAGCUACCACCUUGCUAUGCCGCGACUGUUUAGCAAAUUCGACGGGGAACAAUACACAAACGGUAUCAAGCUGAUGGCGACGUCCUGGGCUCGGAACAAGAGGCGUGACUACAAACCCGAACUGCUCGGGAUCAUGCCGCCCGAAAUCCGCACAGUGCGAGAGUUCACACCGAAGGAAUACGCGAACCUGGUCUACCACCUGCAACGAACGCAGACCAUCUUCGACUUCCCCAGCGACAAAACCAUGUACUUCUACAUGCUCACAGGCGGUAACGGUUUCGAGAGCAGAAGACUGCUGUCGAAGCUGUACUAG